AUGCUGCCUUUAACGGCCUUUGGAAUUGGAGAAAAUCCAGUAAGUCAUCUUACAAUAACUACCCUUACAGCAUAGUGUAAAAAAAUUACUUUUACGUCCAAAAAAUCAUCUUUCUAUUUUAGAUGGACCUCCAAACUAUGGCCGGAGUCAUCACAGGGAUUGGCCAUAUGCUUCAAAAUCAAGUCGACACAAUUGAUGUGCCAACGAGUUUGAUUAUGGGAAAAUGGUAUCAAGUGUACAAAGCGGCAGUCAAUUUUGACAUGUACAGGAAUCAGAUGUACUGCCCAAUCGCUUACUGCAAGUUAUUUUUUUAUUUUUGUCGUCAAUACCUAUAGAUUAUUGUUUUUCCACCGCACAGUGCAGAAAUCAAAAGUUUAAUUUUUGCACUGUGCGCCAAUUUUGCAAAGUUUAUAGCUUACUCAGUUGGGUAUAGAUAUGUUCCAAAUUUUGAACAUUAGCAAGCAGCAUAAUAAACAUUAAUUCGAUUGUUUUUAAAUCUGGAUCUGUGCAACACACAGUGCAAAAAACGAAAGCCAAAAUUUCUGCACCGUGCGGCUGCCUUUCGUUACAACAAAUCUGCUAGACAAAAAAACAAUAAAAAGAUUGUUUGAAAUACUCCUUUCAUUCAUAACAAUAUCUUAUUUUCAGUCAAAGAGAACCGAGUGAUGGGAGAAGACGGAUUCUCGAUCGAAGAAGCUUACAGAGUGCACACCAAGAACGGACCAAUUGAAACCUACAAAAGGGACUUGAACAAGGUCGGAACUGGACGCUACUGGAUGUACACUGAAGAGUAUUUCUACCCAAGACAAUGUAAGUUUAGAAACACUUUCGUUGGAAAGUGUAAUAAGCAAAAAUUUCGACCUGCACUGUGCAAGAACUAAAAUAUGAAAUUUUUCAAUAUGCGGCUGAUAAAAACGAUUCGUAAUAGGAAAAAUAGUGACGAUAAUAAUCUAAAAUUUCACAACGAUGAUAUCUUGGAAACCAUUUUGCCCGCAUUGUGCAAAUUUUCUCAAAAACUUUCAUCGCACUGUGCACAAAACAAAAAAGUAAAAAAUAAGUAAAAAAAGCAGUCAAAUCUCCAAAAACUUUUUAAAAUACGUGUACUUGUUCCAAUUCUUCUUGAUUUUCAGUCUAUAUCAUCAAAGCCGGCCCCAACUUUGACAACGAGACCAAGAUCGAAGACGCCAAGAUUGAAUAUAUUGUGGUAACCGACGCUUCCCGCAUGGGAUUGAUGGUUUACGCGCGCGACCCAAUGACUUUCUAUCAACAAUACAACAAGGAGGUCACCGACUUCUUGGAGGAAGCCGGAUUCGGCGGGCGAAUCUUCUGGAACUCUCCCAGACCCAUCUAUCAAGGACCUGACUGCGAGUGGCCCACUGAGAAGGAAGUGUUUGCCCGCAGGGUGCUGAAGAACCACGAGAACAACAUGAGACAGCAAAAUUCGAGUGAACCCGGACCAAAUGCCUUCGCCGAUAUGCUCAAAAACCCCGAGGUCAUUCUGCAAAAACUCGUUCAAAUGCACUAA